AUGCAAAGUAUCGACAGUCGACGCUUCAUCAGUUCUGACUUCUGUCUAUUUAUCUACUACACGUAUGGCACGGCCAGUAUUCAAAUGCCAUUUGCAUUUGUCACAUUCACAAUACAUCGGUUUUGCUCAAUUUUGUAUCAUAAUCGACCGUUCUUUCGAACAAACAAAUGGGUGAUCAUAUGCAUUGCUGGACAAUGGAUAAUUCAGUUCAUUGUCUCACUCCCAUUCAUCUUCCGAUCAGGACAUCCUUGUCUUAUUCCACCGUGGGUGUUGAUUUAUUUGUGUGGUUGGGUGGUAGUCAUACCUUCAUUUGUGAACAUAGCUUUGAACAUUCGGAUCUUCAUGUAUGUUCGAUCAUCAAGUCGUCGUGUUCAACCUACACAUCAUAUUACUACAAUCACAAAUCUAGAUACUACUGAACGAUAA